GCCGUGGCCUCUAUGGUUGGAAGCCACUUCCUCUUCAGGCGGAGAAGGCAGCAGCCCACGUGGGUGGCCAGGAUUUUCCAGAUAGACCACAUAAUCCAUGUCGAUUUUGCAUAUUGAACGUCAGAGAUGGCACUUCUCCUGUCUUUUAAAUCUGGCCUAUGGGACGCUGCAAGACUGUCCUGCUCCUUUAGAACCAUCCGGCAUCUCUCCACGCGGAGAAAACCUCAGGCAGGGGAGCGUGAGCUUCCUGGUGGGGUGAGCAGCCAAGUGAUUCCUGAUCAUGGACUUGAAACAGCCAAGGACCAGAGCGAAGCCCAGCUACGUAAACCCCGGAAGGGUCGUGUCCUUCGGAACGAGCUCUGGCGGCAAUUUCGCGCGCAGACCGCGCCGUCUGACAGGGAGGAGCUCAAGAACUUGAGGGACGACGAUUUCCCCGAGAGGAAGCGGAGCCCCCCGCAGAAACCCCUCCCUGUCGAAAGGACCAAAGGCUCAGAGAUCUUGUUUGGGGUUGCUCCCUGCUCCUUGGCUCUGGCCAGAUCCAGGAGGAACUUUUCCCAGCUCUUCCUUAAGGCUGGCAAGGGCACUCCAUCGCCUGCGCUGGAAGAAUUCUCCCGGCGCGCCAAGGACAGGGGGAUUCCAGUGAAGGUGGUUCCAAGGAAGGUUCUAGAUGGCCUCUGCAAGGGCGGUGUCCAUCAGGGCGUGUGCCUGGAAGCCACGCCCCUCCGCCCCAUUGGCUGGCAGGAGGCACUGCCCCUUGAGGUAGAGGGAGGGCCCGCUUGCGAGGGGUCGCAGCUCCUUUGGCUGGCUUUGGAGGGGAUACAGGACCCGAUGAACCUGGGAGCCGUCCUGCGGUCUGCUCACUUCCUGGGUGUUGACAGGAUUGUGAUGAGUCAACGGAACAGCUGUCCCCUGACACCAGUGGUCAGCAAAGCCAGCUCGGGGGCCAUGGAAGUUCUGGACGUAUUUAGCACAGAUGAUCUUCAGGGCCUUCUUAAGGCAAAAUCAGAGCAAGGAUGGGAAGUCCUUGGAACAGCUGCCCACACCAAGGACCAGGAUUCUGUUCCCAUCGUGAGUUGCUUAGAUUUCCGCUGGAUGAGACCCACCAUCCUGCUGCUAGGAAAUGAAGGUUAUGGCCUUUCUCCGGGGACUAGAAGCUUGUGCCAAAGGAUGUUGACCAUUUUCCCAGGGCGAGAGCUGCCGCCUGGGAUUGAGUCCUUAAAUGUGUCUGUUGCAGCUGGAAUCCUCUUGCACUCGAUCUGCAGCCAGAGAGAGACAGAGAGAGACCCGUGAUGCUUCUAGAAGAAAAAACAAACGAAAACACUGGGCCUUUGAGGAACUCACCCAGAAGUCCUGGGAUUAGAGGAAGCUCCAUCCGGGAAUAUUCUGGGCCAGAAAGAAAGGAUUGGAGCACAGUCCUCACUUCUACUCUCUUCCGCCAGAUGGGGUUGGUGGAGCAGCCUGGCCACAAGGCAUCCACAGCUGUUACGUGACAGAAGGUGUGUGUGUGUGUGUGUGUGUGAGAGAGAGAGAGAGAGAGAGACAGACAGACAGACAGACAGACAGACAGACAGACAGACAGACAGACAGAGAAUGAAUGUGCUCUGCAAUACUUUUAGUCCUGAUGCUGAUUCAUGAUUGUUGUUGUUUAGUCGUUUAGUCGUGUCCGACUCUUCGUGACCCCAUGGACCAUAGCACGCCAGGCACUCCUGUCUUCCACUGCCUCCCGCAGUUUGGUCAAACUCAUGUUCGUAGCUUCGAGAACACUGUCCAACCAUCUCGUCCUCUGUCCUCCCCUUCUCCUAGUGCCCUCCAUCUUUCCCAACAUCAGGGUCUUUUCCAAGGAUUCUUCUCUUCUCAUGAGGUGGCCAAAGUAUUGGAGCCUCAGCUUCAGGAUCUGUCCUUCCAGUGAGCACUCAGGGCUGAUUUCCUUCAGAGUGGAUAGGUUUGAUCUUCUUGCAGUCCAUGGGACUCUCAAGAGUCUCCUCCAGCACCAUAAUUCAAAAGCAUCAAUUCUUCGGCGAUCAGCCUUCUUUAUGGUCCAGCUGUCACUUCCAUACAUCACUACUGGGAAAACCAUAGCUUUAACUAUACGGACCUUUGUAGGUAAGGUGAUGUCUCUGCUUUUUAAGAUGCUGUCUAGGUUUGUCAUUGCUUUUCUCCCAAGAAGCAGGCGUCCUUUAAUUUCGUGACUGCUGUCACCAUCUGCAGUGAUCAAGGAGCCCAAGAAAGUAAAAUCUCUCACUGCCUCCAUUUCUUCCCCUUCUAUUUGCCAGGAGGUGAUGGGACCAGUGAUUCAUGAUGGCAGGGUGUAAACCCAGCCCCCUAAAACGCUAUUGCAUCUCAAUGCGUAGCCAGGCAUGUGCAUAGAAAAACUUCAAUCCUAAAAAAAGGUCAACCAAAGACGGCUUUUUGGCCGGCCCUCACCGCCCUUCACUUCAUCAAAUCUUACAAACCUCCGGUGUAUUUUGAUCUGUUUGUGUGUUGGCCAGUGGGAGGUGAGCUCAAGCUGGGCGGAGGAACGACCCCCACCUGAUCCAACCUGCCUCUCUUAGCCUGCCGAAGGUGGUUUUGGAUCCCUCUCCUCUGUAAUCUCAAAGGUGGAGGGGUUCCGGGGUUGAGCAAGGGGUUAAGAACUGCAUUGAGCGCAGUGCAAAAGCCCGAAAACGCUAUACAGAUAUAGGAAGAUGCUCUACUGAAUCUGGCUAGUGGUCUGCCUAGGCCAGCUUUUCCUUAGCCUCUGGAGUCUUCCCUAUGUAUGGUGUAUCGGAAAAAUUGUAUCCCGUUCUUGGCAACAAGGAUCCAUUUCAGUCAUGUGUACCUUGGCCUGUAGCAAACUAUUAAAAGAACACAAAUGAAAUGUUUCAUUGGCUUUGCUCUCCCUGUUCUGCAGAAGUCUGUUUUUUUAAUUAAAAAAAUAAAAUAUAAAAAUAAAAUUAAUAAAAACCGGGGAAUUGGUGUGAAGUUUCAGAUUCUUAGGAAGUAUACUCUUCCCACUAGGUGGUGGUAAAGAUACAGACUGCGGUUUGCUUCACUAUGGGCAGAAAACAGUUUUAUAGCAAGAUAUCAUUUCAUCCUUUCUUGUUUGCUGGAAGGAGAUGGGAAUAAAAACCAUUUCUUUAUCCUUGAUACCAAGAUCUGAUUCUCCGUAUUUGUGUGUGCGCGUAUUUUGUAGCUCUCUGCAUGAGAAACCCAUUUUUUAAAUAAAAAAAAUGGAAUGCCAUUUUGAGGGCAAUGAUUUUUAUAUUAUUAAUGAUUAUUUGAGAGAUUUCUAAAUGCUUUUCAAGACCCCCGCCCCCCCGGCAAAAAGUGGUGUAGGAAAUAAACAUGAAAGUAUAGCAAACUCAGAAACUUUUUCUUCUGCUUAAAAAAACACCUACUCUGUGGUAAAAAAUAGCAACAGAUGGUGCCAACAAAAUACCUCAUUGUACAAGACUGGGUGGUAUCUGAGUAAGCCAUGGUCGGAGCAGACCAGUUGAAAUCACUGGACUUAAGUUGGACCCUAUAUUGUGCUAUACUCUGAAAGCGGGAUUGUACAGUACUACUUUAAACAAUCUUGGCUCUCCGCAAAGAGUCCUGGGAACUGUAGUUUGUUAAGGGUGCUGAGAGUUAAAAUUUCUAGUUUGCCGUUUUAUAAGAACAGAAGGAGAGCCCUAGUGGGUCAGCCCAAACUGUUCAGAACAAUGAGGACUGGAAUCUUAAAUCUUAAAAAUAAAGGGCAGGGCUUCCACUGAAUGAUAGAAAAUCAGACUGCGAUCUACUCACAGAGUUAAAAACUGGCAGUGAUCUACCCCCUUUUUGGGGUUCAGGCCAAAGUCGUCGAGUUUUUAGGAAGGAGGAAGGCCCAUUUUUGGGGGGUUCGGGUCAAAGUUGUUGAGUUUUUUCAGGAAGGAGGUAAAAU